UGGCCCGUUUCAAACCUCGCGGGCUACUUGAACGAGAGCAAAGUGUUCGUCGGCUGCAACAUGACGGCCACAUAAUCUUCCUCCUUAAAGUCACCUCUUUUCUUAUAACUUUUUUACUUUUUCUAUACUGAACUUCGCGGGGGUUUUUUGGAACAUUUGCCUGGCUGUGCAAGUAUUGUCCAACUUUGUUGCGCUUCCACCUUCCCUCGCAGACAACGAGCGUUAGCCUCCGUGGCCGCGCUAUUGUUGCUGACUUUUUACAGCUCCCAAAGUUGUCCAAGGUGAGUAUUGGCCAGCAUGUCGUCGAGUAUCCGCAGUCAGACGAGCUCCACGAACGACGAGAACAUGCUGUCGAGGCUGCGGGGCUCCUUGAAGCCCAAAGCCGAGAACCAGGAGAAUGUUCCGCCCAAGCAGCAGGCGGCGAGCCACAGAACCGUGCUGGGAUCCCUGCAGAACCACAACCAGAACCAGAAGCAGCGGGCUAGCAAGCAGGAGUCCUCACAGCCGCUUUCUUGCAAAAAUGAAGAGCUCUGCAAAGUCCCGUCCAAGCAGACCUUCCAGAUCCACGUGGACGACGCAGUGGGCGCCUGUGUCAAGAAGCACCGCGCACCAGGGGCCCCCAAAGUGGUGGAGGAUCCGCCCCUAAAGGUGGACCAUGCCGUCACACGUGUGCGGCAACCGCUGGCCAUGCUGGAAAUUCCUGCGGCCAUGGACGUCAGUUUUGACUCUCCCAUGGACAUGUCUUUAAUGGAGGCUGAGGACAAGCCUGUCAACGUGACUGAAGUUCCCGAAUACGCCGCUGAGAUCCACAGCUACCUGAGGGAGAUGGAGGCCAAGAGCCGUCCCAGAGCAGGCUACAUGAAGAAGCAGCCCGACAUCACCAGCAGCAUGCGUGCCAUCCUGGUGGACUGGCUGGUAGAGGUGGGUGAGGAGUACAAGCUCCAGAAUGAGACCCUCUACCUGGCCGUCAACUACAUCGACCGCUUCCUGUCGUCCAUGUCCGUCCUGAGGGGCAAGCUGCAGCUGGUGGGCACCGCCGCCAUGCUGCUGGCCUCCAAGUUUGAGGAGAUCUACCCCCCGGAAGUGUCGGAGUUUGUCUACAUCACCGACGACACCUACACCAAGAAGCAGGUGUUGAGAAUGGAGCAGCUAGUGCUGAAGGUGCUCUCCUUCGACCUGGCGGCACCCACCAUCAACCAGUUCCUCACGCAGUACUUCCUGCAUCACCACACCAGCAAGCAGGCCCAGAGCCUGGCCAUGUACCUGGGAGAGCUCAGCCUGGUGGAUUGUGAUCCCUUCUUGAAGUAUCUUCCAUCUCAGAUGGCUGCAGCCGCUUACAUCCUGGCCAACAACACGCUGACUGGUGCAUCAUGGCCCAAGUCCCUGGUGGAGAAGACGGGCUACACUGUGGACGAACUCAGGCCGUGUGUGGAGGAUCUUCACCAGAUGUACCUGAACGCAUCACAGCACGCUCAGCAGUCCAUCAGAGAGAAGUACAAGACAGCAAAGACCCAGGAAGUGUCCCUCAUUGAGCCCCCAGAGACUCUCCACUUGGACUGACAUGUUGACUCUUUUAAAGGUGUUUGACGAGUGUCGACCGGUCAGCAAAGCUUCUGUCGCAGCCGGAACAGGAAUAUGGUUUUUCACCAGUGUGGGUUCUCAUGUGUACUUUCAAACAGUGACUUUGUGAAAAACCUUUGCUGCAGAUGGAACAAGAAAAGGGUUUUUCUCCCGUGUGUAUUCUUAUGUGUAUUUUCAGAUGCUUAUUCUGUUUGAAACCUUUCCCACAAAAAGGACAGUCAAAGGGCUUCUCCCCAGUGUGUACUCUCAUGUGGAUUUUCACAUCUUCCUUCCGAGAGAAUCUUUUACUACAAACUGAGCACACGUAUGGUUUUUCUCCGGUGUGUAUUCUCACGUGUCUCUUCAGGUUACGACGGCGUUGGAAAGUUUUAGCACAGUGAGAACAAGUCAAGUGUGCUUUAGUAUCUUCAUCAUCAGAGUCGGGAGAUUGUGAGGUUGUUUCGUCACUAUCUGACCGUGGAGCUGACUUCUUGUCUGCUGCUGCUGCUCCUCCGCUGUGGUCUCCAUCAUCAGAGUCAGGAGAGUGUGACCUUGACCGUGGAGCUGACAUCUUGUCUGCUCCAUCAUCAGAGUCAGGAGAGUGUGACCUUGACCGUGGAGCUGACAUCUUGUCUGCUGCUGGUCCUCCGCUGUGGUCUCCAUCAUCAGAAUCAGGAGAGAGUGACCUUGACUGUGGAGCUGACAUCUUGUCUGCUCCAUCAUCAGAGUCAGGAGAGUGUGACCUUGACCGUGGAGCUGACAUCUUGUCUGCUGCUGGUCCUCCGCUGUGGUCUCCAUCAUCAGAAUCAGGAGAGAGUGACCUUGACUGUGGAGCUGACAUCUUGUCUGCUCCAUCAUCAGAGUCAGGAGAGUGUGACCUUGACCGUGGAGCUGACAUCUUGUCUGCUCCAUCAUCAGAGUCAGGAGAGUGUGACCUUGACCGUGGAGCUGACAUCUUGUCUGCUCCAUCAUCAGAGUCAGGAGAGUGUGACCUUGACCGUGGAGCUGACAUCUUGUCUGCUGCUGGUCCUCCGCUGUGGUCUCCCAUCAGUCACUGGCAUUUUCUUGCCAUCAAGCUCCUCCAAGAGACUGAUGCUGUGGUCCUCCUCUUCCUCGUUAACGUGGGAGGGGCUGUGGUUCCCACUGAUCCAUCCUGGUGGUGCACUCCUGUUGAAAUAUAAACAACAAUAUUAAUAUAAGUGAUGAUUUUAUUGUUUGUUUAGAACUUCUUAUUGACUCUCACAAAGUCUGUGUGAUUGUCAUUGUUGUUGAUGGGGAAUGGAUCUGUGGUUCCUGUCUGACUUUCUCUUUAAUGCUCGGGAAUCUCUGUGACAUUGAUUGUAUUUUGAUCACAUCUGUUGAUGAAAGUCUUGUGCUGUGUGAUGCUUCGUUAGAGAGGCAACUUGAUUGUCACUUAGCAGCAAUGGAAGGUGUGACUCGGCUGCUGCUGGCAAACACCGGCCUGGCUGUCACUCCACAUCAAACGCUUCUAUUCUCGCUCUUCUUCUGCACUUUAUUUUUGUAUGAAAAUGAGUGUUUUGGAAAGUCUUCCAUCAAGAACAUGGAAUAAGUUUGUGGAGGGGAGCUGAGAGCCGUCACAACAAUCAUGAUUGAGCGUAUUUUGAAGCACCCAAAUGAAGAGAAAAAUAAAUACAUUUUGUCUUUCUAAA